UCUCUUUCACUUCCUCUCUCUCCUCUUUCCGCAUUCCCUUCUCUCUCUCUCUCUCUCUCUCUCUCUCUUCUGAGACUCUGGAAGUAGAAGGAGAAGCGAGCGGCCGAAACCCUAACUCUCACCCGGGAGGGCUUUUCGAUCGGGGGCGUAGCGUCGAUCCUCCUAUGUGAGUUCUGCUUGAGCCGAUGAGCUGAGGCGAUCGGAGGAUUUGGCGGGUGAGAUCCGAAACCCUAGCGCCCGACUAGAGUGCUGGCGAAUUCCGAUGGGGACGGCGGUUUUCGUGGCGGCGGACCAAGUUUUAGCUCUGAGCCGAUCGAGCUGACGCGUUCCGAAUUGCAUAUCGCGGUUCGAUUUGGAGCGUCCUUAUAUCGAUAGUUUGGAUUUUUUUUUAAAUUUUUUAAGGGGCAGCUUGGUAUUGGAAUCGUGAUUUCGUUUCGAGCAUUGGUGCGAUGGUCGUGAAAAAAAAAUCACAUCUUCUUACCGAAUAAACAUUAUUGUUAUUAGGGGUUGCUUGAGAAUUUUUUUCCUUUUGUUCUUUUGGACAUUUUUUUCUUUUGAUAUACGCAAGUAUGGGCGCCAACUGUUGUGUUGCUGCAAGAGACAAGCCAUUACCCAAUAGAGGUCAGUUUGAAGUUUCGACUUAUAGGAACAUCAGACACUCACCUUCAUGGAGCUUUCGAUGGGAUAAUCGAACACACAUAGAGGAUAUCAUGGAGAACCCGAUCCGAUUUUCUCAAAACAAUAGUGGAAAUGCAGGCUCUGAAAUUAAGAGUGGGGCAACCACAGAAACUGAAGGCCUUUCAGAUGGGGGAAGUCCACCAAAUCCUUUUCAGACACAAAAGUGGCAUAAAUCUUCUACAAAGUUGGGAACUGAUGGCAACUCUCAACCUACUGCUGCCGAUCAAUUUAUUGGAAGCAAUUCAUCCCCUGAGGAAAAGAAUUCCAUCGAGUCAGCAGGCAUGGCAAGUGCUUCAGAUGCCAAGCCUUCAAUUUCGGUUCCAAUAAGUCCGUCAUCAACAUUCAAAUCUGAUCCUUCAUCCUCCAGAACUCACUCUCUACCCUCAGAUCCCACUUCAUCAAGGAAAGCACGCCGUUCCCCAGGAUACCAACUCUCUAGGCAGGUUUCUGAUAGCAGGAUUCCAUCUCUUCAGUCCCUGAAUGAGAAUAGCUCUCCCGAAGAAAGACAGUCCUUUGUGCUUUCUGUCUGCAGCAAUGACUUGUCUACAGGAGGAUCUCAUGGUGGGUCUUCUGAUGGCUGGUCCAUGCGUACAUUUUCUGAGCUGGUGGCUUCUCAGCGAGAGAGAUGGUCAUUUGACAGUGAAAAAGUUAGCUCCAGCAGCAGCAAAAUAGCAAGAUCAAACACUCAACAAACAACACCUCUCUCUCCUGAUCGGCAAACAUGCAGGAUAUGCUCAAAGCUAUUAAAGGAGAGAUCUCCAUGGAGCACUCAGAAAAUAAUUUCUACCAAUGAGUUCUCUGUUGUUGCAGUUUUGGUUUGUGGGCAUGUGUAUCAUGCUGAUUGCUUGGAAAACAUGACACCUGAAACUGAAAGAUAUGACCCACCCUGCCCUGUCUGCACCCAUGGAGAGAAAUCUAGUGCAAAGCUGUCAGGAAAAGCUGAGUUGAAGGGAAGAAGCAAGAUCUCCAGGAUUGCAGUGGCUGACAUUGAUGUGGACAGCGAUCCUCUCUCUGAGCACCGGAAAAGGAGUGGGAAAGGCCCAAGGAUGGGAGCCAGUUCUAGCAUGAAGAGCUCCUUUGGCAAGCCUUUCUUGAGGCGACACUUCUCUAUGGGGUCACGACCGACACGGUCGGUAUCAGAGAAUGAGUCCGCAAGGAAGAAAGGAUUCUGGGCAAGGUACCGGAGAGAUUGAACCAGCCCUUGCUCUCCUGUGUGAAGGUAAAGAGAAUACCUCUCUUAUUUGUCUAUGGAGUGGAAAACAAAUGUUUGAAAAAUUCCCGAGGAAGCAUGUGUUUCUGUAGUGAAAACGAAGGAUGAUGCUGACAGCUGAGGUAUCAACCAUCCCCAUUGCCUUAAACGUUCUGGAAAAACCCAGGGCACUUGGCAUGCUCUCAGAUGCAGAAUAAACUUCCUCUUGGAUGUAUCAAAGGAUAUUCAUUGCAGACUAGUCUAUAGUUCAGAUGGUUCACUGAACAGGAAUAGUUGGUAAGAUUGAGAUGUUGGAUUAAAUCCCCCAAUGCAGCAUCCUUUUCAUUCUUUUCUUGCUGUAUUUGUCAGUAAUGUUCGUAGAUUUAUUUUCAUUGUUUGUUCUGCACCCUCUUUUUGCUUCAGAAAUUAUAGUAUGAAAGCUACUGCAAAUAGUCUAUAAAAUACAUGUGCGUGGAAGCUAUGGUGAUGCAUAUAACGUGCCACUGGUGUAGAAUUUUGUUAGCUAGUUAGGAAAUGAUGAAGCUUGUGUUUUUCUUUUUUUUUUUUACUUCUUGUUUGGCCUCUUUGUUUGUGGUGUGUGUUUCUCAAGGAACAGGCGGUAGAAGUCUAUCUCCUCCACUCAAAUUCCCAAGUUGAAGGCAUUUCUAGUAGGUUGUCACUUCGUGCCUCAGGUCAGACUACUCGAGGUUGAAGGUUUGUAUGACCACCGACCGGACUUCUAUAUUUCUUGACAAGCCUUGCCGUCACCAAGCAUACCAUGUUAGGGAUCCAAAAUGAAGGUAGCUCGGUGACAUAUUUUCAUGACACAAACAGCCGACCCCAUACAGGUGGGUGAAGGAUUGCUAGAGAAGGUUCUUAAAUUAUUGGCUUAGUAAAAUGGUCAAUUGUUUGUGCUGGAUGAAUUAGCAUCUAUACUGGUGCAGUCGGUGUGCCAUAUUGUACUCGCAGCUUCUGAAACCUUGCAUAAUUUUCAUGGAAAUUCCUGAUUAUGUGACCAACAGAUCUGGUAAUCAGAAUCCCUAGCGUGUGCGAACUUUUAUAUCCUUCCUGUGAGGUGACAUCUUUUGCUGAGUGAACUCGCCCCAUCCUAAAGGUUUAUGGGGAGAGCAAGAUCAAUUAUUACUUAUGCAAAACCGUUGAAAUUUGAUUAUCAUAGGGAAAAGUGGAACUUGGAGCGCAGGCAGAAACAACUAGCCCCGUCCUGAAUGUGUGUUGAAAUGAUUACAAUCUGCAGAGCUCCCAUUAGAGCUUAUGGAUCGCAUAUGCAAUGAAGCCUUGUGUAUACAUUUAUUCUUUAAUGAGCAUGCUUUGAGGC